AUGCUGUAUCUCGUCGUUUCGGCCAGACUCUCAGAUAAUAUCAAGGCUAUAUACCCUAAAGACUCCGAGGAAUCCCCGGCCGAAUAUACUUUCCAGGUGGUCUGCACCAACUGCAGAGAGCCCCAUCCCGCCCCUAUUCGAGUUAAUCGGUUUGAAAAGCAUGCCAAGAACGUCGCCAGAAGCGAGGCAUCGUUUGUGAUGUCUUGCAAAUUCUGUGGGAAGGAGUGCUCUAUCAUCCUCGAGCGCACGGAAGAGCAGCUGUAUAACGAGGCCGACGAGUCUUGUUCUGAGGCGUUGGCGCGCGCCGCGAUGCAGAGAAAAAAGCUAGGCCUACGCAACGUUAACACAGGUAGUGCUGUAUGGCUGAAGAUGGACUGCCGGGGGCUUGAGGUGACGGCGUAUGAGACUGCGGACACGGUAUUCGUUGUGGAGUUGAGCUCGGGGAGUACUAUGGAGUGCACGUUUGAGGACGGCGAGCGGGAGUGGUUCGACUACGACGAUAACGCCGGCGAGGAGGUGUCCAUAGAGGAGGUGUCCUUUCAGAUUAUCAAGGGGAAAUAA